AUGGCAUUUCGUGGCCAUUCUCAAUAUAGGAGUUGGAACGCGUUAGCAUUGGGUAUAAAAGAAGAGACUGCGGAAAAACCUGAUAAAGUUGAUGAUUCAUUGUCUAAGGAUUCUUUGCGUAGACCAAGAAGAGAAUCAUGGUCUCAACCAUCACAACGCGGUCGAGGUACAAGGGGAAGGGGUGUUUGGUUUAUUGAUAAUAGACCACGGACUCUUCGUCGUCGUAACACUAUGCCAAAUUCAAGAGACGAUUAUCAAGAUCAAGAUCCAAUUUACAAUAACCUUACUAAUGAUAGGUCAGAUGAUUACAAUGAAUUGGGGGUUGACCCAAUUUGUGAAGAAUCUUCUCGGAAUUUUUCAUCCUCUCCCGAUCUCGAUGAUUGCAAGAAUGAUGAGGAAGACGGAAUAAAGUAUGAGGAUCAAAACUGCCAAGAUGAAUCAUCCCCCUGGAAUAAUAACCCAUAUUCUGCUAAUAAUAUCUACCAUCCUCCAAGGUCGAGAUCCACCUCCUACCUUAAGGACCAUUGGAAAACCAAUUCGAAUAAUAACGAUGGAACACAAUCCAGUAGUUACUCAAAUGGUUAUGAACCGGAUAAUUAUAAUGAUCAAUGGAAUCAAAAUCGAGAAAGUGAAUUUACGAAUAACAAACCUGAUCAGACAUGGGUUCAUGAUAAAUACGAGGUCCUUGAAUCCGAUUUAGAUUCAAAGGAUAAAAAAGACGCGUCAACACAAGUCUCACCUUUAGAUUUAAAUAAUGAGUUACCAGGAAUAAACAAUACCAAAAAAGUUACGGUAUCGUCAUGUGAGUUUUCAAAACGAAGUGAAUCUGAUUCUUGGAAAAAUCAAACUAAAAGUAAUAAGAACUUAGAAUUACCAAAAGAGAUUACGAUAAAAUUCUCCGAUCUAACAUUGAAAGACAGCAACAAGGAAAAAUUCGAGUCUAUUAUCUCAAAAUCACCAAUUCAAGAAGAAUUAUUAUUAAUGGAGCCGGAAGUAAAAUCUGAGGUGACCUCCAUAAUAACCUCUGAAAUGACGUCUGAAGUAACUCCAAAGGAAAAAGAGUUAGCAAUGUUAAUUAAUCUGGACGAAGAAGAUAAUACUGGUCUACAACCAAUUCAGCCAAGAAUCUCGCAAGAUGUUUUAACAUUAGAUUGGGGAAGUUAUCAAAAUUCUCUAUUAGAAGAAGAGGUAAAACUCACCAUGGAACGACAAUCCAUUCAAACG